AUGAAGCUCUUCAUCUUCCUCCUCCUCCUCCUCGAGGCCCUCCCACUCGCGACAACCGCCCGUCCCGUCUUCCCUCCACAGAACCAACAAGCCGUCGCAAUCUCACCGCCCCUGACCCCCCCAUCCUCAGUAAACAGCUUCGACUCAUCCAGCGACCUCGGAUCCGGAUCCGGAUCCGACCGCGGCUCCAACAAGUUCUCCCUCUCCAACGCGCUCAAGAAAAUAAGGCCGUCGUCGUCGUCCUCCUCCUCCUCCUCCGAAUUCCGCUGCCACCGCUACCCGCAGAACAGCAUCCUCGCCGAGCUCGCCGCCUACGUUACGGAUCUCCUGCGCAGCUACCGCGAGAAGGUGGCUGGAGGAAAAGGGGACCACGAGCGUCCGCUGUUCGAGACGUGCUAUGCGGGAUACGAGAGUUCGGAUGUGUCUCCUUCGAUAUACUUUGGGAAUAUGAAGGCGAAGCAGAUGGGGGUGGUGGAGAAGUUGUUCAACAGUCAGCUCAAGUUGAAGUUUCCGGAGGUGAGGAUAGUGAAGACGUCGAAUGCCAUUGCUGUUGUGAUGGAGGAUGGGCAGAAGAUUAAGCGGAGGAAUACUGUGUGA